UGUGGCAUCAAGAACUCCAUGAAUGUGGGCCAGCUGAUGCCUCCCUUGGAAAAGUCAUCUGGGGCUUCUGUCGCACUAGGCUCAUCAUUUCCAUAGUCUGCUUGAUGGUUACGCAACUUGCUGGCUUCAGUGGACCAGGAUCUGUGGAUGCUCUUACCUGUAGUAAAGAGUGGGCAGCAGAGUGAUUUGCAGUGUCACCGUCUUAGUCUGCACAAUUCCACCCACAUCAGGUACAAACAGCAAGAAAGAAAGCAACAGAGUAGAAUUCCAUCUGUGUUGGACUUGGAUGUGUCACCUAUGUGCAUCCUCCGAUGUCCCGCAAUCUGUGAAUCAGAAUAAAAAACUCUCUUAAUUUUGCAUCAUUUGGAAUCAUUCUCUUCACUACAUUCAAACUAGAUUGCUAUUUCCACAUCAAUGCUUAAAAAAUAAAUCCAAGCCCUCUUUUUGUGGGAGGUUGGUACCCUGGGGAAAGAAUACUUGACUUGCCCUUUUGUGUUGCUAAAUAAAAUUCAAACAAUUUUUACUUCUGGUCUUUAAAUAUGAAGCGCAGGAAAUCUGUGAUACAUGUUUUUGGUAAACUCCUUGCACAUCCAAAUUUCCAAUAUUUUCUAAAAAUGUUUUCUAAAAUAUCUUUCUGGCACUCUUUUCAAAUUUAUAUUUGCCCUUCAUCUAUUUGAGACAGUCUACAUUUUCCUAAUCACCUGCAGAAUUCACCUCACCCUCCCUAGAUAUGCUGUCUUAUUGAGAUGGCUUCAAAGCAAUUCACAUUCAGUUUGGAGCAAAGGAUUAUUUCUAUUCUUGAAUUGGAUUAUAAUAGACAUUCAUGGUGGUAGCUCAGAAGUAGCUUUUCUUGUUGGAAGAGCAGUCAAGAGUUCCUAUUGCAAUGAAGUUCAAUUUCCAUACAGUCUUUGAUGAGGUGGGCAUUGUGGGGUGGGAAGUGGGGGCUUGGAUGGGGGAGCCAUGUGAGGUAAGCCUCCCACUCUUCCAGGUCUGCUCCAGUCACAGCUUGCUUUGUACUGGAUGUGGUUUGGGGGACUCUUUCUCUGUAGUGGAACCAAUGACAGAAGCUGUUCUUUAGAAUUUCCAGGAUAGCUGUAUUCUGCGAUCAGAAUGAGACAGUCAAGCUGGGCAGAAUCCAACGCCAAGAUGAAAGGUAAGGUGACAUUUAUUCAAUGGGAAUGCUUAAGAGCCAGGCGGUUAAGGACAACUAUUACCAUAAUAAUCGCUGGAGUAUGUUUCCAUGCCUCUGCUAAGUUUUGGUAACUAUCAUUUUUAUAAAAUAUCAUAUGCAGACGUUCUAUUCUUAGCUUUAAUCAAACCGUGUCUUAAGAUUGCAAAUGCUCUCUCUUUCUCUCUCUAAAUAUUUCUAAAACUAUUCUUCAAGUCUGGUUUUCCAAAGCAAAGUGAACAACACCUGUGGUUUCUCACUGGCAUUGCUAAUUCUCUGGAACAAAAAAGUCAUUCUGAAUCUUUAGGAAAGAAUACCUUGUGCUGGUAUUGCACACAUUCCUGCGGAGUGUUUUCCUCCUGAGCUUUGAUGUACGAAGAAAGAUUGACAGCACUUGUCAGCAUGUUGUGGGUUAUGGAUUGUGACAGGAGGGUUACUGACCCUUCCAAUGACUCAGUUGCCUUUGUUGGAUCGAGUGCUAGAAAAGAAGUCAAAACAUCUUCUCGCUAAGUUAACAGUAAACCCUCUGCUUAGCCAGUUAUGCCUCAACUACCAAGAAUGUAAAACAAAUCCAAUGAAGAAGAAACUGGCAUAGCAUAGCCUUGGAACCUGAGUUAUACAAUUUGUUGAUCAGGAAUUUGUGUAGUAGUCUUUUUUUAUUUUAAUGGUCACUUUGAGAACAUGAUGGACUGUUGGCUCUUAACAUGUGCAAUGUGAAAACUCAUACAAAAAAAUGCUAUACAACUGAGUUCUUAAUGGUUGCAUUCAGAGUUCACCAUCUCAGGAUUUACAUAUUCAUUCUGUCUUCAUUUAAAAAAAAUCUAUCACUCGAGGCUGGGCUUUAGCAGCUAUUACCUUUGCUUGAAGCCGUGUGCUUUUGUUUUCCAUCCAUUCUUGUGUUACACAGAACUCUGAUAUGAAAGCUUGCUUUAGUCAAGGGGACUUCCUGCGGACUCCGAAAGCCUUUUCAAAUGGCUUCUUUUUGGUUUCAUUAUUUUUUAAGUGGGCAAAGGUACUUCCCAGCUCUGAUUAAAGAACUUUAGGUUCCAAAAUUAUAGGCCUCAUUGUUGGAGAAGCCCAGCUGGAGUACCUCACUUAGUAAAGCUCUGUUUAGCCAAAUUGAGAACUCACACCGUCUUCAAAGUCUUCCUGGGAGACCAGUCAUACAAAUUUUAUUCUUUUUUGGAUGCUGUAAACAAAUAUUGGUCCUGCUUUUUUCCUGUAUCAUUUAAUUUUUGUGUGUAUGUGAAGUUGAACUUGAUUAUGUGUUGGACGCCAGACUGUAUGUUAGAUUCAGGCCUUGUAUAACUUUUCCUUGUGCAUGUAGAUUGUAUGUUUUCCGCAACACCUUUCUUUUUUUUGUAUAGUGUUUUUGAGAUGUUACUCAUUUUAAAAUGGUGAUACUUUCUUAAAAAUAAAAAUAUACUGCUUCCAAUUUAUUAGUGCUUAAUAUUGCUGAUGAACAUGAGUUAUUGUCAUCCAUUCAGACAACACACAUGAUGGGAUAUAUGGGUUUGGGGCUGUUUUUCUCUUUCUGCAGGUGGUGUUUGAAAUAUGAUUCCUGAGGUAACAUUGUUUUUGUCUUUCAAGGAUAGGGAGGGGGGAGGCCAGGGAGGGGGAUGGCCAAGGGCUGCCUUUUUGUAAUUUUAUCAGUGGUAUCAAUCACCUUUCCCCUUUUUUCUGCUUGUGCUUUUCUUUACUAUUAAACUGCUGAUGUUUAUUUUCAGGAAUGUUUUGCAAAAUGUCCUUCUCACACUCUUCCCCAGUUCAACUGUAGGUACACUUGUUCCUUUUUAUCAAAUAAGCACGUUUGAAACAAAGAAUAAAAAGGUCUUAAUGUCAUGUAAAGGAAUAUACCUUUUAAUACGUACAUUUCAGUUUUUGCAUAAGUACAAGAUUAUUGUAAAGCAUAUGUUGAUGAUGGAUUGCUUCAUCUAACUGUUAAGGACUAUGUUAAGUUAGAUGAUGUGAAGGAGCAUUAGUUUGAGAUUCAAAAUUGGAAAGUUCAAAAUUAUUCUCCCCACUUGCCAAUUUGAUUUAUUGCUUGAUUUCAGCAGGGUGUUCUCUAACAGUCACAAUUCCUGCUUAUCUAAAGACUUCCAAUUAGUGAUGCAAAUUUCUUACGGGAAAUGAAGUAGCUCCUUAUUUCUAACUUAACAUAAAGUGAUUGAAUGGUUCCUAUGGCAUGUUGAGAUGUUUAUGCAGGUUUGCAUUCCUUCCUCUAGGCAUUUGUUGUGAAACAUCUCCUUGAAUACACACAGCAAAUGGAACCCAAUCUUCAGUAUGGCCUGUUGUUAGUUUGUGGCAUCUUAAUGAUGGAAAUAGUGCGUUCCUGGUCCUUGGCUUUAACCUGGGCUCUGAAUUACCGCACUGGGGUCAGGCUACGAGGAGCUGUCCUUACCAUGGCAUUUAAGAAAAUACUGAAGCUGAAAAAUAUCAAGGACAAGUCUAUGGGAGAGCUGAUCAAUGUCUGUUCCAAUGAUGGGCAGAGGAUGUUUGAAGCUGCAGCUGUGGGCAGCUUGCUGGCCGGAGGUCCCAUCGUUGCCAUCCUUGGCAUGGUAUACAAUGUUAUUAUUCUGGGACCAACAGGCUUCCUGGGAUCAGCCGUCUUCAUUCUCUUCUACCCAGCAAUGAUGUUUGCGUCUCGCUUCACAGCUUAUUUCAGAAGAAAGUGUGUAGCUGUCACUGAUGAGCGUGUCCAGAAAAUGAAUGAAGUUCUCAACUACAUUAAAUUCAUUAAAAUGUAUGCUUGGGUCAAAGCCUUCUCCCAGAAUGUUCAGAAAAUUAGAGAAGAAGAACGCAAAAUCUUGGAACGUGCAGGCUACUUCCAGAGCAUCACAGUGGGAGUGGCACCCAUAGUGGUGGUUAUUGCCAGCGUAGUGACCUUUUCUGUCCAUAUGAUCCUUGGCUAUGACCUCACUGCAGCCCAGGCUUUUACAGUGGUUACUGUGUUCAAUUCAAUGACCUUUGCUCUGAAAGUUACUCCUUUUUCCGUGAAGUCUCUUUCUGAAGCAUCUGUUGCAAUUGAUAGAUUUAAGAGUUUGUUUCUAAUGGAAGAGGUUCAUAUGGUAAAGAAAAAACCAGCCAAUCCUCACGCAGCCAUAGAGGUGAAAAAUGCCACCUUGGCAUGGGAAUCCUCCCAUGCUAGUGUCCAGAGCUCACCAAAGAUGACCCCUAAAAUGAAAAAAGACAAGAUGACCAAGAGCAAGAAAGAGAAUACGAAGCUAGAGCUGCAUGAAGGACAGCAGGCGAUGCUCGCUGAACAGAAGGGCCACCUCUUAGUGGACAGCGAUGACCCCCCAAGUCCUGAAGAGGAGAAGAAGCACAUCCAGCUGUCAAAUGUCCGACUUCAGAGGACACUGUAUAAUGUUGACCUUGAAAUUGAGAAGGGGAAACUUGUUGGCAUUUGUGGCAGCGUGGGGAGUGGGAAAACGUCAUUUAUUUCAGCCAUUUUAGGACAGAUGACUCUGUUGGAAGGCAGCAUUUCUGUUGACGGAACUUUUGCUUAUGUGGCGCAACAAGCAUGGAUUCUCAAUGCGACGCUUAGAGACAAUAUCCUAUUUGGAAAGGAGUUUGAGGAAGAAAGAUAUAAUACUGUCUUGAAUAACUGCUGUCUCAGACCUGACCUGGCUAUCCUGCCAAAUGGGGACAUGACAGAGAUCGGUGAGCGAGGUGCAAAUCUGAGCGGGGGCCAACGCCAGAGGAUCAGCCUUGCUCGAGCCUUGUACAGCAACAAGGACAUUUACAUCCUUGAUGACCCCCUCAGUGCCUUGGAUGCUCAUGUUGGAAACCACAUCUUCAACAGCGCAAUACGAAAACAUCUGAAGUCAAAAACAGUUCUGUUUAUCACGCAUCAAUUACAGUACCUUGUGGAUUGUGAUGAAGUGAUCUUCAUGAAAGAAGGCUGUAUCACCGAGAGGGGAAGCCACGAGAAUCUGAUGAACUUGAAUGGUGACUAUGCAACCAUUUUCAACAAUCUGCAACUCGGGGAGACUCCACACAUUGAGAUCAAUGUAAAGAAGGCUACAAAUAGUUCGUUGAAAAGGCAUCAAGAUAAAGGCACCAAAUCAGGGUCUGUGAAGAAAGAGAAGGCCAUCAAAAAGGAAGAAGGUCAGCUCAUGCAGUUAGAGGAAAAAGGCAAAGGUUCUGUCCCCUGGUCAGUUUACGGCAUCUAUAUCCAAGCUGCUGGAGGCCCCAUUGCUUUCAUCGUCAUCAUGACCCUAUUUAUACUGAAUGUGGGCAGCACUGCCUUCAGCAAUUGGUGGCUGAGUUACUGGAUCAAGCAAGGCAGUGGGAACACUACCUUGACGUUGGGCAAUGAAACCAUUGUAAGCGACAGCAUGAAGGACCACCCUCACAUGCGUUAUUAUGCUGCCAUCUAUGCCCUCUCAAUGGGUGUCAUGCUGAUACUGAAAGCUGUGCGUGGCAUUGCCUUUGUUAAGGGGACAUUGAGAGCAUCAUCCAGGCUCCAUGAUGAACUUUUCCGAAGGAUUCUUCGUAGCCCUAUGAAAUUUUUUGACACCACACCGACAGGGAGGAUCCUUAAUAGGUUUUCCAAAGAUAUGGAUGAAGUUGAUGUCCGCCUACCAUUUCAAGCCGAAAUGUUCAUACAGAACGUCAUCCUGGUGUUCUUCUGUGUGGGAAUGAUCGCUGGCGUCUUCCCGUGGUUCCUAAUGGCAGUUGGGCCCCUUGUCGUCCUUUUUAUUAUCCUACAUGUUGUAUCUAGAGUCUUCAUUCGAGAGUUAAAGCGACUGGACAAUAUCACGCAGUCUCCGUUCCUUUCACACAUCACCUCGAGCAUCCAAGGCCUCUCUACAAUCCAUGCCUACAAUAAAGGGCAGGAGUUCCUUCACAGAUACCAAGAGCUGCUAGAUGACAACCAAGCACCCUUCUACUCGUUCAGCUGUGCGAUGCGUUGGCUGGCUGUUAGGCUGGAUAUUGUCAGCAUUGCCCUCAUUACUACCACUGGAUUAAUGAUUGUCUUCAUGCAUGGCCAGAUCUCUCCGGCAUAUGCUGGGCUUGCCAUCUCCUAUGCUGUUCAGCUAACAGGCUUGUUCCAGUUCACGGUCAGGUUGGCUUCAGAGACAGAGGCCCGCUUCACCUCCGUAGAGAGGAUUGACCACUAUAUCAAGACUCUUUCCCUGGAGGCUCCGGCUCGGAUUAAGAACAAAGCUCCUCCUCUGGAUUGGCCUCAGGAAGGAGAAGUUACCUUUGAAAAUGCAGAAAUGCGGUAUCGGGAGAAUCUGCCGCUUGUCCUCAAGAAAGUCUGCUUCACUAUCAAACCCAAGGAAAAGAUUGGCAUUGUAGGGAGGACGGGGUCAGGAAAGUCCUCCCUGGGAAUGGCUCUCUUUCGUUUGGUUGAACUCUCAGGAGGCUGCAUUAAAAUCGAUGGAGUGAAAAUCAAUGACAUCGGUCUGGCAGAUCUCCGGAGCAAGCUGUCCAUAAUCCCUCAGGAGCCUGUGCUAUUUAGUGGUACUGUCAGGUCUAACUUAGAUCCUUUCUCACAGUACAGUGAGGAACAGAUCUGGGAUGCUUUGGAAAGGACCCACAUGAAAGAUUGUAUCUCUCAGCUGCCCAUGAAACUUGAAUCUGAAGUAAUGGAAAAUGGUGAAAACUUCUCUGUUGGAGAGAGGCAGCUGCUUUGUAUUGCCAGAGCUUUGCUGCGUCGUUGUAAGGUCUUGAUCCUGGAUGAAGCGACAGCUGCAAUGGACACAGAGACUGAUCUACUGAUCCAAGAAACAAUCAGAGAGGCCUUUGCAGACUGUACAAUGCUGACAAUUGCUCAUCGCCUUCAUACAGUUCUGGGCUCUGAUCGGAUUAUGGUGCUGAUGCAAGGCCAGGUGGUGGAAUUUGACACUCCGUCUGCUCUUCUGUCCAACGAGAACUCCCGCUUCUAUGCCAUGUUUGCUGCUGCAGAUAACAAGAUUGCUGUCAAGGGCUAAAAUUCAGGGCAAUGUCACUUUAACCUGGAGGGUAUUGCAUUCUGCCUGUGGCAGGUAUUGCCUCCUUCUCUUCCUCCUCCUCGACUUCCUCCAUCUCCAUGUUCUCAAAGCAGAUGAUUGCCUUUUCCUCUUUUAAUUUUCAGCAUUGUGAGUCAAAACCGAGUUCCUUUUUUUUUUCAAGAAAAAAGUACUGUAAGGAGGAUUCUUUAUGGUUUUUAUUAUGGUAUUUAUUCCAUAGUCUUCUUUUGUUUUGCAAUUAAAUGCACUCUACAAAAGUGGCUCAGGGAGCCAUGAUUAUAAAUGUAUCGAGAGGCCUAUAUUGAAGCUUUAUACAUGUAGCUGUAUCUAUACAGAAUUCUGUACAUAGCCUAUAUUUACAGUGGAAAUGUAAGCUGUUUAUUUUAUAUUAAAAUAAGCACUGUGUUAAUGCCAGUGCAUAUUCUUUUUCUAUCAUUUUUUGUACAGUUUUGUGAUCUUGGGAUUCUGGUGCGUGCCGGGCUGCAAGGGGCGUUCUUUUUGUCUCUUGCAGCUGGGCUUCUCUUCGCGCUGGACUUUCCCAGGUCAUUGGAUGGAAGUUGAACUUUGCAGCAGUGUCCUUCUGUGUCCUGGUUCUCCUGAAUUGGCUCUGGAUGUGGACUUUCUCAAAGUAUGUGACACAGUCACACCGUAUCUGUUGAGCACAGCGGCGCAUUGCUAGGGUGCGUCGAAGUAGCAGAAGCUGCUUCCCGCACGUCUUUCUGUGGAUGGAGUUCAGUCAUUCCCUUAUUUCCGAUUUCAUGAGUGAACUCUGUCGCUUGCAGUAGGGGAAGAACUACCCAUUUGUCUCAGGUAUCUUUAAAGAAGAAGAACUCACCGUCACUCACACCAGUGCAAUAAUCGGGAAUGUGAGGACAUUGUCUGCCUGUAGAGUUUUGUAGAAGGGACAUGCAAAUUCCUUCAGCCGAACAAAUGCUCCUGCUCAUAACGGUGAAGUUUGAAUGAUCAAGGAACUUUUGAACAAUGAUCCUUUAGGUUCGGGACUGUGGUGCUGCUUUGCGAAAGCUUUCAUAGUUGCCUCUGCCGAAUUACUGAUUUAGAGAUACUAAUGCUUCGUUUGGAAAGCUCUUCAGAUACUUUGAUAAUUGUAACAAUUAACAGUUUACAUUGCUCCAUAUAUGUGGCCACUUCCUUUCCUCCUGGAUAUUUGUUACUGAAAUUGCUUCCCUCAUCCUCCACCUGCAAUUUUUAGCAGCUCCCUCUGCUCAUCAGGGUUUGACCGGUGUAGGAAAUGUUAUUUUCUCACUGUAAAGAGACCUACCUCAGGUUGCUGAGUCCUGUGUGGCACGUUACCAUGGUGGCUCUAGGCCGCCCCCAUCGUAUGGGGCCAGUAGCCCUGGCGGGCAUGGUCAGUCCUGUAAUAGCCGUUACUUUCCAUCGGUCAGCGUCGCAUGUGGGUUUCUUUCUCUGGUCCAUCUGGACUUCCAUAGCCUUAGCAUGUUUGCUAACUGUCUUGUCAAGACAAACAUCCGAGAAAGUGAAUAAAAACUAUUUUGGCUUUUGUAAA